CCAAGACGGAAUGGGUAAAACGAUGCUUUCGGAUGGAAACGCCUGAACUCUUAUGUAGCACAGCAGGCGCAAGCUGACCGCACCGCAGCGACCGCUCCAUCGAAAAUUGAGAGCGCAGACUCUGCGCGUGGCGAAAACCAACCUCAUCAGGGACAUAGAAGGCAAGAACUGAAAUACAAACCGUCAUGGACCCAGCAGCGAAUCCAGCAGUGCAUGUGCUCCGUUCGACAGAGGGACGAGUGUAUGAAGAGCCGGAAGAAGUGUGGGAUGGUCUAGUGCGGACGAUCUCGCGAGCAACAGGCCAGUCGAGAAGAGAGAGUAGUGCAGAGAAGCAUGCUCAGGCCAAAGACGGUGACGACGCCAUGCACCCUCCGCGGACGAGAUCAGAACGAAGGAAGGGUGAUGGGACGAUUAACGAGGAAACCGCGAGUCAAUUCGUACGAGAAACCUUCCCGGAAGGUGGCCUGCGUGCAUGGCUGGUUGUUUUCGCUGCAUGGCUGCUGCUCUUUCCAUCCUUUGGCUUCAUGGUCUCCAUUGGUACACUGCAAGACUAUUGGGCCCAACACCAGCUGUCGGACUUGUCCGCUAGUACGAUUGGAUGGAUACCAUCAGUAUUUGUGUACCUUUCCCUCGCUCUUGGUCUCUUUGUAGGCCCUCUGUUUGACCGCUAUGGACCUCGAUGGCUAGCACUGUGCGGUAGCAUCGCCGAGCUGGUUAUGAUCUUCUUGCUAGCUGAGUGCAAGACGUUCUGGCAGAUGAUGAUGUGCUGCGGAGUGCUUGGAGGCCUGGCAGGAGCGCUCUUGACAACCACCAGUCUUUCCGCAGUUGCACACUGGUUCAAGGAAAGAAGAGGAUUGACCCAAGGAAUUGCGAUGAUGGGUAGCAGUUGCGGUGGCCUCGUCAUCCCAUUGGUGUUGAAGACAACCUUUCCAAGAUACGGGUAUGCGUGGUCACUCCGCAUCCUCGGCUUCAUCUUCCUAUUCUGCUUCAUCGUCGGGAACAUCCUUGUAAAGGCUCGACUACCACCUUCGGCAGAAGCGAAGAGGAAGGCCAUCGUUUCGCUUUCCAUAUAUGCCGAUCUACGUCUCAGUCUCUUCACUGUCGCCGUCUUUGGUUUCGAAGUCGUGCUAUUCGGUGCUCUAGGGAUCUUGCCCAGCUACGCCACACUGACUACGAGCUUUUCGGCAGACACUGGCUUCUACCUCAUUGCCAUGCUCAAUGGUGUGUCUUGUCUUGGUCGUAUCCUACCAGGCUAUGCUGCAGACAAGAUCGGUCGCUUCAACACCCUCGCCGUCAUGAUCGUUUUCACCUUAAUUUUCAUGCUUGUUCUCUGGCUACCCGUUGGUUCCACUUCUCUUCCCGCGCUUUAUGCCUUUUCCGCGCUUUUCGGAUUUGGGACUGGCAGCUGGAUGGCGCUAACACCGGCGUGCAUUGGGCAGCUCUGCAGAGCUGAGGAGUUCGGAAGAUACUAUGGGUCUACAUACUUCGUUGCGAGUCUGGCAACGCUGAUCUGUAUUCCCAUCAGUGGUGAGCUAAUCGAGAAGGUAGGUCCUCAGCCUAUGGUAGGAUUCUUUUGUGCGAUUUUGGCUUUGAGUCUUUUCGCUUUCCUGUUCAGCCGAUGGGCGUGCUUGGGCAGACGUUGGACUCUGAAGACAAAGGUGUAGUAGCCCAGAUGUAAUCUAUAUUAAACAAAACUCAAC